AUGCUGUCCACCGCACAUGGCAGAGCGGUGCACCCAGCGUGCUCGCGGACCAAGGGCAAGACGAGAGUGGGAACGACCCGACGAUGGGCUGCAGGUGUGGCGGCGGCGUCGCGUACUUCGAUGAGCGAGGAUCGCCGAGUCGUCAUUGUCAGGGUGCCUACGGCACCGGGUGGGACGGAACAGGGGGCACCAUCAGCUGGUCCCAAUGCCAAUGAUGAGGGCGGGAUGGCUGCGGAAUUGAUUGGCUUUAGAGCCAUCAGCAGAGUAAAAUUGGCGACGGCUGGGAAUGCGCCGAGUACGCUAGAAGCUAGAACCGAGCUGGAUUCUGACGUCGUCAACGUGCCGAGGUGUUCAGCACUCCGAGGCGUCCUCGGAGGGGCGAUCCAGGAUGUCGAGAGGACGCGCGACUUCCCGAACCCCGGUCCUAUGAUCCAAGUCCCGGGGUAA